UGCUCGUCAGCAAGAACCGCGCCCCAACCCUCUUCGCCAGACCAAGCAUGUUCAACGUUCCCGCCACGUUUGAUAUGAUGGUCUUAACAGGAUUGAACUUGUAAUGAACAGGGGAGGCAGGGCAAGCCAGGUGGUAGAUCUGAUCCACCUCCAGCAAAAUCGGUUCGACCACAUCGUGCCGAAUCAGCUCGAACCGGUGGUUCCCGAAAUGAUGCAUCAGGUUCUCCUUCCUGCCCGUGAAGAAAUUGUCGAUCACAAUCACACUGUCCCCUCUCCCAAUCAGCCGGUCGACGAGAUGGCUCCCGACGAAACCCGCCCCGCCGGUGACCAGGAUCCGGUUCCCUUUCCUCUUCAGCCCUUGCGGCACUUUCCCCGUAGCACCCGGCAUCUCCUCGAUCAGGACCCGCCGGGUAAUCGGGUCGGGCACCGCGACCCGGCCCGGAUCCGAGGCCUGGAGAAUCGUGGUCGUGGUGGUGGUGGUGGAGAGGGGGAAUGAGUGGAAGAAGAGGGCGGCGAGGGCGAAUCCGGCGAGGAAGCAGGGGAGGCGGUGCUCGCCGAGGAGGUACCGGACGGCGGGGAUCGAGCGGCGGCGCGGCGGAGGUGUCAUGUUUUUUUUUUGGGGAAAUGGAAAUUAGGGAAGGAGGAGGGGAGAUUGAAACAGAAAGGAGGAGUGAAGGAUUUUGGAGGUGCUUUAAUGGUGGUGGUGAAGAGGAAGAGGAAGAGGGGGAAAAAUGCAUGGGGGAAAU